UUAUUUUACGGAUUUUAAAAUUCUGUAAAGUUGCACGGGGCAACUUUCGUAAGGAUUGCGCGACUCGCGAGCGUAAAUGCUUACUGAAUGUGAAAAUCUGCGCGCAUGCACUUUGUUAGGGGGAGUGAGAGAGGAGCAUGAAUGGAGCAAAAUGGCGGAUCAUGUGCAGAGCCUAGCCCAGUUAGAGAUCCUAUGUAAGCAGCUGUACGAGACAACAGAGACGGGGGUGAGGCUGCAGGCAGAGAAAGCCCUGGUGGAGUUCACUAACAGCCCCGACUGUCUCAGCAAGUGUCAGCUACUACUGGAGAGAGGCAGCUCUUCCUACUCUCAACUCCUUGCAGCUACCUGUCUGUCUAAACUGGUAUCGCGUACAAGCAACCCUCUUCCUUUGGAGCAUCGCAUUGACAUCCGGAACUAUGUGCUAAACUAUCUGGCGACGCGGCCGAAGUUGGCCGAGUUUGUUACCCAGGCUCUGAUCCAGCUGUACUCCAGGAUCACCAAGCUUGGCUGGUUCGACUGUCAGAAAGACGACUAUGUCUUCAGAAACGUCAUCGCGGACGUCACACGCUUCCUACAGCAGGACAGUGUAGAACACUGCAUCAUAGGCGUCACCAUCCUAUCCCAACUGACCAAUGAGAUCAACCAGGCAGACACCAGCCACCCACUGACCAAACACAGGAAGAUUGCGUCGUCGUUCAGAGACUCGUCCCUCUUCGACAUAUUCACCCUGUCCUGCAAUCUCCUCAAACAGGCGUCGGGUAAGAACCUGAACCUGAAUGAUGAGAGUCAGCAUGGUCUGCUGAUGCAGCUGCUGAAGCUCAGCCACAACUGUCUGAACUAUGACUUCAUCGGAACAUCCACAGACGAGUCCUCUGAUGACCUCUGCACUGUUCAGAUCCCCACCUCCUGGAGAUCAGCGUUUUUGGAUUCCUCCACUCUCCAGCUCUUUUUUGAUUUGUAUCAUUCCAUCCCUCCCUCCCUCUCCCCGUUGGUGUUGUCGUGUCUAGUCCAGAUAGCGUCGGUGCGGAGGUCUCUGUUCAACAACGCAGAGCGAGCCAAGUUCCUCUCUCACCUGGUGGACGGAGUCAAGAGGAUACUAGAGAACCCGCAGAGCCUGUCAGACCCUAACAACUACCAUGAGUUUUGUCGUCUGUUGGCGCGGCUGAAGAGUAACUACCAGCUAGGAGAGCUGGUCAAAGUAGAAAACUACCCAGAAGUCAUCAGGCUUAUAGCCAACUUUACUGUCACCAGUUUACAGCACUGGGAGUUUGCCCCUAACUCUGUCCACUACCUGUUGAGCCUGUGGCAGCGCCUGGCAGCGUCGGUCCCUUACGUUAAAGCCACCGAGCCUCACCUGCUAGAGACAUACACACCUGAAGUCACCAAGGCCUACAUCACCUCCCGCCUCGAGUCUGUCUGCAUCAUCCUCAGGGAUGGGCUUGAGGACCCUCUAGAUGACGCAGGUUUAGUCCAGCAGCAGUUAGACCAGCUCUCCACCAUCGGUCGCUGUGAAUACGAGAAGACCUGUGCCCUAUUGGUCCAGCUCUUUGACCAAUCAGCACAGACCUACCAGGAACUACUGCAGUCUACCAACUCUAGUACCAUUGACAUCACUGUCCAGGAGGGAAGGUUAACGUGGUUGGUGUAUAUAAUCGGGGCGGUCAUUGGAGGAAGAGUGUCCUUCGCCUCCACAGAUGAACAAGAUGCCAUGGACGGAGAACUAGUCUGCCGGGUGCUCCAGCUGAUGAACUUAACAGACUCGCGGCUGGCCCAGGCGGGUAACGAGCGGUUGGAGUUGGCCAUGCUCAGCUUCUUCGAACAGUUCAGGAAAAUCUACAUCGGAGACCAGGUGCAAAAGUCCUCCAAGCUGUACCGGCGGCUGUCAGAGGUUCUGGGGCUAAAUGACGAGACCAUGGUACUGAGCGUCUUCAUCGGAAAAAUCAUCACCAAUCUGAAGUACUGGGGCCAGUGUGAACCGAUCACCUCCAAGACACUUCAGUUACUCAACGACCUUUCCAUAGGAUACAGCAGUGUGAGGAAGUUGGUGAAACUCAGCGCUGUUCAGUUCAUGCUGAACAACCACACAAGCGAGCACUUCUCCUUCCUGGGUGUGAACAACCAAUCAAACCUCAGCGACAUGAGAUGCCGCACCACAUUCUACACCGCGCUGGGACGUCUGCUGAUGGUCGACCUAGGUGAGGAUGAGGACCAGUUUGAACAGUUCAUGCUGCCCCUGACGGCAGCGUUUGAAGCGGUUGCUCAGAUGUUCAGCACCAACACGUUCAACGAGCAGGAGGCCAAGAGGACGUUGGUGGGGCUGGUCAGAGACCUGAGAGGUAUCGCCUUUGCCUUCAACGCCAAGACCAGCUUCAUGAUGCUCUUCGACUGGAUCUACCCAGCCUACAUGCCCAUUCUGCAGAGAGCAAUAGAACUCUGGUACCACGUACCAGCAUGCACCACUCCUGUCCUAAAGCUCAUGGCUGAGCUCGUCCACAACAGGUCACAGAGGUUACAGUUUGACGUGUCGUCGCCCAACGGAAUCCUGUUGUUCAGAGAAACCAGCAAGAUGAUCACCACCUAUGGUAAUCGUAUCCUGACCAUCGGAGAGGUGCCUAAGGACCAGGUGUACAGUGUGAAGCUGAAGGGUGUCAGUGUGUGCUUCUCUAUGCUGAAGGCUGUGCUUUCUGGGAACUACGUCAAUUUCGGGGUGUUCCGUCUCUAUGGAGAUGACGCACUGGACAACGCACUACAAACCUUCAUCAAACUGCUGCUGUCCAUACCACACAGCGACCUGCUGGACUAUCCCAAGUUGAGCCAGUCGUUCUACAGUCUGUUGGAGGUGUUGACUCAGGAUCACAUGAACUUCAUUGCUUCUCUAGAGCCGCAUGUCGUCAUGUACAUACUGUCAUCUAUCUCAGAGGGACUCACUGCACUGGAUACCAUGGUGUGUACUGGGUGUUGUUCCAGUCUGGACCACAUCGUCACCUACCUGUUCAAACAGCUGUCUCGCUCCACUAAGAAACGACCUGCAGCUAUGGCAACAGAUGACCGCUUCCUACACAUCAUGCAGCAACACCCAGAGAUGAUCCAACAGAUGCUGUCCACGGUGUUGAACAUAAUCAUCUUUGAGGAUUGCAGGAACCAGUGGUCCAUGUCCAGACCUCUACUGGGCCUCAUCCUGCUCAACGAGAAGGUACAGUAUUUUGCAGACUUGAGAAACAGUAUUGUGAACAGCCAGCCUCCAGAGAAGCAGCAGGCCAUGCAUCUCUGCUUUGAAAACCUGAUGGAGGGGAUAGAACGCAACCUGCUAACCAAGAACCGAGACAGGUUCACCCAGAAUCUGUCGGUGUUCCGGAGGGAGGUGAACGACAGCAUGAAGAACUCUUCUUACGGCGUCAACAGCAAUGACAUGAUGAGCUGACCUUCCACGCACUCCUGCUCCACACAGAGCAGCUUCCCCCUCCCAAUUCAACCCCUCCUCUCACCCUUCCUCUCCUCCCCCUUUUGGUUCCCCCCUCCUUUUUAUAGAAGCCUAUAAAUAUACAGAUCUAUUUUAAAGCCAGUUUGUAGAGGUCACCGCAGGUCGCUCUGCUGGGAGGAGAGGAGGAGGAUUGACGGAGGAUACCUCUACACGUUCUGGCGGGAGAGGAGUGGGGGGCGUGAAAGAGGAGAGCGGGUGAAAAGGGGGAAGCUGGUAAAUGUAGUUCUCUGCUUCUGCCUGCCUUGUAUAGAAACAACAAAACAAGUGUACAUUUUUUUUCAUAACAUUUUGAACAAUGUUUAUAUUGAUUGAAUUUAAAACAAAAUGAGAAACGUGUGAUUGAACUUUUUACAGUGUAGUGAGUCAGUGCACCUGUUUGUCUGUGGGGAGCAAACUUUCUACAGGGGAUGAGAGAGCACUAGAGCUGCAAAGGGGCAGAGAAAGAGUGGCUGCGUUGUACAUUUCCUCUGGCCUUUUAGUUGGAGCGCUGUAAAUACCCACCCCCUCUUACUCCCUAGACACUAACCCUAGCACCGAGACACUUUGCCUAGAAAAUGAUUACUUGUUCCAUUAGGAUUUGGGUAUGGGGCAGGGUUAAAUGGGUUAAGGUUAUGCUCCACUUUACCCUCUGGUAGGCUGGUUGGAGCUGACACUAACCUUAAGGGAGUUAGUUGGGUUAGGGGAGGGGUGAAGUGUCUGAGCAGGCUAGUGUGUAGGGGUCACAGAUCUGAUAACUCAACGGAUAGGAGCGUCACUGCAGUCUCUGGUGUCUUAGUGUGAGGUGUGUGUGUGUGGCCUCCUAGGGUGCUGUGAAGGAGCGAUGAGCUCCAGCCAGGAUCUACCAGGAAAUUCUAGAACUUUCAGCACUCGUCUCCAAGCUCCCUGAAGGAUUGUUUAUUUCUAAAUGAUUAAAUGAAGAAUGCAACCUUUAGUAGAACAGAGCUGUGUAUUACAGGGAUAUGGAUGAUAGGAAUAAGAAUACAGAACUGUGUAUUAGAGGAGAUGGGGGUUCAGAGUUCAUUAGCAACUUGUGCUACUCUACAGAUGUUGCUGCUAACUGUUUGUGACGACUAGCUCAUCUCUAACCAUGUUGAUUUGACUUCUGGUUUCUAUUGUUUUGGUUCCCUGAAGUUUGUGUGUGUGUUGGAUCAGUAGCUUGGUUCUCUGAUGUGAGUGUGUGUUGGAUCGGUAGCUUGGUUGAGUUGUGUGGAUGUCGGCUACAUAUUAUAGUGUCAUCAUUGACUGCAAAUAAACGUCAUUUGGUUUGUA